UGCUGCUGCUCAGUUAUUUUUAGUUGCGAUUAUUGAAGUCCUGUUUUUGUACUGCAUUUAAAAAAACAAAAAACAAACAAAGCUAAUCAUAGCUAAGCUAACAGUCGGCUAAUUUUACCCACAAGUCCUUGCGCGAGGGAAGAGGACUCUUGUGACGGCUUGCUGCAGUUAUGCUAGAGGGACGCGACGGAGAGCAGCUAAAGGACCGCUGUUCAGGAGAAAAGCACUUUCCUGUGGACUUUAAUCUGAACAUCACACUGAAGACACAGCAGCAGAUCAUCACAUCUACAUCAGCCGAAGUUGACCUACAAGGGCAAAAUCUUCCAGACGACGCUUUGAUCAAAGAGAAGAGGUUCAUAGACGUCAUGGGGAGCAUGUCUCCAUCCUGCUCCACUUCCUCUCAUCGCUAUCGUCCUCAUCCUCCUCGUCCUGCUCCGGCAGCGAUGCCCUACAGUCGUGGGAACGGUUCUGUUCAGCCGCCGCCCAGCCAACAGCAGUCUGGCUCAGGUAAUGAUAAUGGUGAUGAUCCUUCUCCAGCAUCAGCUAGGGCUCUAGCGAACGAGGGGAAUGAGGAUGAUUCCAGAAGCCCCGUGCCGGAGACGAAUCCCACGUCCAUAUACACACCCACGUCAGACACACCGGAGACCCAGGGAGAGGAGCAGGCAAGUCUGGAGAAUGCAGAAAAGCUGAAUGAGCCAGUGCAGGAGAGCAGAGAUGGAGAAGGGGCGGAGCAAAGUGAUACGGCCUGCAUGGGAGAUGAAGGAACGCCUGACAAUACCACCAAGUGACACAGUAAGGAACUGAAAGCUAGGUUUUACCGAGGCACUGGUUGUCUACGUGUGAAUGAGAAACAAGACCCUGGCCGCUGAAAGUCCUGCUCAGUUAAGCUUACUGUAAGGAUGAAUGAGACGCCAGGACCCGCCUCCCCUUUACUGCAGGCUCCACCCCUUUACUCCCGAAAACUGAUGUUGCCUUUAUUAUUCACAGAGCAAUACAGGAAUGGAAAUGGGCAUCAAGGGAUAACUGGUGAAGAAAAAAAAGUUAGUUACUUGUUCAUCAGUUCGACUGAAUGAAUGCACUUAGAUGUGUGUAUGAAGUCUGCGAGAGAGAGAGAGAGAGAGAGAGUAUAUGAUCUAUGGUAGCAUAUAUGAGGGAAACAGCAUAACUUGAAUUUAUUCUGUUUUAUGCCAAAAACUUGAUUGCUGAUUAAAGAACAAUAUUGUGCCACUAAAACUAAUUACUUAAGCACUGAGGAUAUGUUUCACUAUGCUUUAAUAAAACUAUCUGCUUGGAGAAAAAAACUCCAGUCUCUGUUUUGUGUCUGCUCAAACUCGAAAUGAAAGCAAACCAUUAACAUGCAACCAAUCAGGACAUGGAGGUGUCUCUAGCCUAAUGUCAAUCAUGUUGCUCCUCCCCUUUUUGCACUAGCAAUGAGGAGAUGUGGUCUUGCCUGAAUUUCAGGGACAAUUUUGCCAAAAUUUGAACAAAAUCACUGACAUCGCCUUUAAGGCAACUACUAGAUGUAGAUAUUAGGAUAACACACACACACACACACACACACACACACACACCAUUUUUUUUGUCAAUCUACAGAAUGAGAAGAUUGGUUUAGGUU